AUGCCACGUUCAUUUAAUUCCGCUCUUCAACUAGCCCAUCGCCUAUCCCGGCAGCCAAUCUCAUCAUCAUCCCUUCUUACAGUACGCAGAGGACCACCAAAUCUAAGAAUGAGUUCUACUGCUGCAGCAACAGCAACAAAAACACCAACUCAGGCCCAAUCCAAUUACAAGAUUGUCGAGAAAGUUAAGAACUUCGAAAAGAUCCAAGCCAGCCGACCCGACUUCGACCACUCCAACGCGCCUAUCGAGGUGACCAAAUCGCCCGAUCCCAACUGGGAGUACGGCAACGGUGUGAACGACGAUGGUGCGAGUCUCAGUAAAACUCACCGUGAAAUUGACCCCUACGACACGAACCGGGCGACGGUGAACAACUACCGCCUGCUCAUCUCCGGGGUAGCGCCACGACCGAUCGGGUUCCUAAGCACCGUGUCGGGGGACGGUAAGAGCAAGAAUCUCUCCCCAUUCAGCUACUUCCAAGUGAUAGACCAUGAUCCACCCAUGUUCAUCGUGGGAUUCUCAUCGCGACCGACAGCCGUCAAGGACACGUACCGCAAUCUGAAAGAGACCGGGGAGUGCGUGAUCAACACGGUAUCAGAAAACAUGAUCGAGGCCGUGAAUGCGUCGUCGAUCGAUGCGCCCUACGGCGUGUCCGAGUGGGACGUAUCAGGACUUCACGAGGCGCCCACGACGACCGUCAAGGCGUCGCGGGUCCAGGAAUCUGUGUUCUCAGUCGAGGGCAAGGUGGUUGAUAUCAAGGAGUUUGAGGACCACGUGCAGCCGGGCAUGAGCGUCGCCUCGUUGGUUUUGAUCAAGGCGACCAGGUUCUGGGUCCAGGAAGACGCCGUCAAUGCGGAUGGGAGCCAUAUCGACCUGGAGAAACUCCGUCCGCUGGGUCAGCUAGGGGGCAUGUCGUAUGGGCGCGUCUCGUCGACGUUUGAGCUACCGCGGAAGCGGUGGCAAGAUGAACAGCCCAAUAGUGAGCUGUUGACUAAAUUGGGGGGAUCCAAACCGGAAUAG